AUGUUUUUGUGUAGGGGCUUCUCGUCCCUCGGUCUUGCGGCUGCGUCAUUGCUUUUCUAUACUCUACUUCCUCUUGGUGCUAGCGCCGUCAUACGGGAGGCAGAAUGCACAGUUUCUUCGAUAGAAGGCCGUUCUUGCACCCAAUCGACUCCCCAAGGCUUCAUCCCAGAAAAUGUCGCAGAAAGGACAUGGAGAAAGACAUUCCCUGAGCCGGACUUGGAUGUCCUCUCGGAACUUCUCGACAGCAUAGGUGUGAUGCAGGAUGACUAUUUUGCUCCAUGGCUAGGGACGUGGCCCACUUCCAUAGACUGGACAGGUGCAGUUAUGGGAACACAUGUCUCAGGGACCUUGCGAAGCUUCACGGCUGCUCUGGACGCUGUGCGAUCAAGCGGCGAUCCAGUGGAGGACUGGAAGCUGAAAGAGAACCUGAUUGAGAAUUACUUUACUCAGGUGGUCUCCUACUACUUUGGAGAGAAUGACUUUGAGAUCAGGAUGGAAGCAUACGAUGAUAUACUCUGGGUCGUCUUGGGCUGGCUCGAGGCGGUCCGCUUCGUCAGGGAACACACUGCGCUUCACUACCAACUAGAAACUCAGCGAAAGGGCUUGGAUAGCCAAAGCACGGGAAGCGUUGGCGAAAUCCUACGGAACCAGACCUGGCACGGCAACCUGUGGAUUCCUGCCUUUUCCCACCGAGCAAGAGUAUUUUGGGAUCUGGCCGCCAAGGGCUGGGAUACCGAAUUAUGUGGCGGCGGUAUGACAUGGAAUCCACGACUUUUGCCCUACAAGAACGCCAUCACCAAUGAGCUGUUCAUUGCUGGGUCUAUCUCCAUGUAUUUGUACUUUCCCGGCGACGACAAUACGGCUCCGUUCAGCCAGGCAAGAACCUCAAGGGAUGCCCAGGGAACGGAAGCCAGGCAACAGGUCGCGCGCGACCCCAAGUACCUCCAGGCCGCCGUGGACGGGUACAAGUGGCUCGUCAAUUCCAACAUGACCGAUACGCAGGGCCUAUUUACAGACGGCUUUCACAUUAGCGGGUAUGCCAACCCAGCAAGCAACAACACAAAGUGCGACGAGCGUAAUGACAUGGUCUUUACCUACAACCAAGGCGUAGUCUUGACGGGCCAGCGCGGCCUGUGGGAUGCGACUGGCGCGCUGUCGUAUCUGCUCGAGGGCCACCUGCUCAUCCAAAACGUCAUCAACGCCACGGGCUACGACCUGAAGCGCGACCAGCCCCGCGACGACUACAAGACCCUGGCACCCGACACGGUCCCCCAGUGGUAUGGCCUGGGUCGCCUGGGCGUUAUUGAGGACAACUGCGAUGCCAGCGGCACCUGCAGCCAGGACGGCCAGACGUUCAAGGGCAUCUUUUUCCAUCAUCUAACCUACUUCUGCGCGCCGCUGAGCCUGCCCCCGCCGGAUCUGGGCCGCGAGGUCGACCACGACGCCUUUGCCGCGGCCCAAAAGUCCCACACCGAGGCCUGCCUGAGCUAUGCCGGCUGGCUCCGGUGGAACGCCGAGGCGGCCCUGAACACCCGCGACGCCGCCGGCAAGUUUGGCAUGUGGUUCACGGCCGGCCUCUUGACCAACCUGACCAGCGCGGCCUGGCCCACCGUGGCCGAUCAGCACGUUGCCGGCGUCGAUUACCGCAACUAUGGCGUGCCCAACGACACCACGUGGCAGCGCCCCGGCGAUAUCUUGGACCCCGGCGCCAAGAUGCCCGUCGGUAUUCCCAUUCUCCCCGCGGACGAGUCUCGGCAACAGCCCAUUGACGGAGCGGCUGCGCCGAGACAAGCCCUUGGUGUAGACGAAAAGGUCGAGAGGGAAUCGUUGGCUGAUGAUCCCAACAACAGAGGCAGAGGCCGAACAGUGGAGACGCAAGGCAGCGGAUUGGCGUUGAUCAGGGCGUAUUGGAGUAUCACACAGUUGCGGGAUUGA